GGGGGUGCUAAAUGAAUACCCUUGCACAGAGGCGUGGCGUAAGGGAACGAGGAACGUUUGGGCGGAAGUGACGACGGAGGCGCUUAAAGUUUAAAUUUGCUUCAGUCGUCGGUGCGGGACGUAAGUAAAUCUGCAGGGAUGACCGAAAACACAUUCCCUGUGUAUAAGGUGGAUGUCAUCGUGCAGUUCUACCGAACUGAAGUUUUGACCGGACAAGAAGCCAAACAUUUUACAAAGAAUGACAUUACUCCCAACCCUAAGUCGGAAUCUAUUCAGAGACUCUACAUGAGAAUAUUACAGCUGCUUUUCCGCUUUAAGCCCGAGUGCCAUUACACGGUGCCUUUGUCUGAGAAUAUUCAGUACCCAAUGCUUUAUGAGUGGGUUACACCGAUCAUGAGUGUUUACAUGCGCAUGUGUCAGUUCUUACCACUCUGUCAUGUGUAUGACUUCUCACUGAAUGACUUGCUUAACCCCAAGGCAAAGAGAACAAUCACCACACUGAGUGCAAUCCAGAAUUUCCUUCACUUCAGAAAGCAGAGGCUGGAAUUAACUGCUGCCCACCAGCAGAGUUUCAGGUCAGAUAUGGACAGACUCCAGGCAUACACAAGAGAAAUAAAGGAAGCUGAAAAAAAGAUUGAGAAGCUCACCAUCAUACCACCAGAACAGCAAGCGGAGGCUAAAGAGCUGGCGUCUGCUCUGGCAGAGCUGACAACAAACACACAACAAGAGUAUCAGGAUGUGAGUGCAAUGAAUGAAAAAGUUGCACAGUGCAAGACAGAAAUUGCAGAAUUAUCACAGAAACUGAGUCAGCGGAGAGUGGAAGUGGCCACACUGAAAGAUGAGAUAGUAAAGCUCAAGUCUCAGAUCGUGGAGUCGCCCGAAGAGCUCAGAAAUGAGAUGGAAAGGAUGAAAGAGAACGUGAAAAACAUCAAGAUGUCCAAAGAUCUGGCCGAUGAGAGGCUGGUGGAGCUUCAGAUGCUGGUGCAGUGUGCAGGUCAGGUGGAGGCAGAGAUUCAGGUUUUACUCAAACAGCUGCAGGACCUGCAAAACAGCAUGUGUCAAACCAACCAGCAGAAGGAGAAGGUUCAGGAUUUAGCAGCUAUGAAUGAAGCACUGCAGAAAGAGCUGAGGAGUUCGAGCACUGAGGAAGGCCAGCUGAAGAGAGCACUCGCCAUGAAAUUUGACAAAGAGUCCAAGCAUCAAAUUCGUCGACAGAAGAAGAAAGAAGUGAAAGAUCAGCAAGUCAAAAACAUAUAUGGGCAAUAUGAUAAAAUCCAUGAGAAACGUGAGGAAGUUGUAAAAAUAAUCGAAGAAACCAACCGUGAAACCAAACAGUUCAAGGAAAAGAUGCAAAAGCUGAGAGAGAAGUGUAACCAGCGGAGCCAGAAAGCCCAGGAGAUCUAUGAACACCUCCUUAAUACUUUGGAGCAGUAUAACAAGCGGAUUGAAAGCAUUGUACUGGAGACCAAUGCUGACAUCUCAAAAAUGAAAUUGCAUUUCUAGAAUGCUUUCUUUUUCGCACUGUACCAUUUCAAGGUUGUUGUAUGUCAGUUUGUCUUAAGUUUCCUAUUUUUGUAAAUGGCAUUUAUUUGUGUGACCGCACUAAUAAAUAUGGAAAGUUACUGGUUGUUUCCACUAUACUGAUAAGUGAUGUCUAUAUCUUAUCACCAGUUUUGUACACCUUCAUGUAGAUCCACUAACUCUGGUGCUCUGUUCUGCUCUUGGUAAGUGGUAAAAGGUAAGUGACUGUAAAUGUCAGCAUUAUCAUGUGUGUAAACCAUCAAAGAAUGUCGAGUGAAACAAGAUUAUACAGUUAGUUCAGCGAGUCUGCUAUUUUAUUCCUACAGUUAACUCCUGACGGGAGGCUUCCGUAAAUAUUUAGUUUAUACGUAACAUUAUGCUUCAACUAAGUUGAAUGGUGCAGCUCAAAAAUAUUUAGUAGUGCGUAAUUUGCAACUUAGUGCCCGUUUAAGUCAAAACUAGGCCUUACGCACUACUAAAUAUGUUUGGGUCCCGUACCCGUCAGGAGUAACUGUAGGAAUAAAAUGGCAGACUCACUGAACUAACUAAAUAAACUGUAGUUUCACUCGACAUUCUUCAAUACUUUAAACAUAAAUGAUAAUACUGACAUUUACAGUCAUGUACCGUUUAAAACAGAGAGCAUUAUGUGAUGACAUAUUGCUUUAUUAGCGGCUUUAACAAGAACCAGUCCUACUGCGCCACCAUCUGCCUGUGUUGUGCAUAUCAAAAUAAAAUCAUCCUUUUAAUUUCAUUGGGGGUUGACAGUAAAAUGAAACCACAUGUAUUACAUGUCAUUAAUUAUUAUCUUUUAAUGUUGUAUUAUUUUUAAUCAGUAUUUUUUGUUUGUUUGUUUAACUUAAAAUACCUAUUAUGUUAUUCACGAUUAGGUAGCAUUUUAUCUAUUAUGCGAGGUAAAAUAAGUUUACAUAAAGAACGUUUUGAAAUUCACAACACUUUGAACUUUUUCUCACGAAUUUAAAGGCUGUUAUUGGACUACUAAACGUAAACGUCAUAUUAUGCAACUACGCAUUACUUUACAGAGCGCUUACGAAUUACGUUCUGCCUUGAGACCAAAUGGUGCAACCGAAUACCGUACAGAGUUGGUUACAAACUAGCUAGCUAGCUAGUUACUAAACCUCUAGUGUGAAUUUUACGUUCUCACUUAUGAAGGAACUUACGAAUGGCUGGUGCAACCUUACCCUGAACAUUUUUACUGUGCGCGAGUAGUUAUUUCCUAGUGUCACACUUUUGAUGUGAUUUGUUCUAAGGUGUACAGCUAUAUCUGGCAUUUGAAUGUGCAAAUGUUCACAGUAGGUGGAUCAUUAAUAUUCACAAACCAACUAACCGUUAACAUGACUAAAGAAUAGUUUUACCCAAGGACGACAUCUGAAAGUCAUUUUGACAGUUGGCAGCCGUUUUCUUGCAUAUGAAUAUUUUUUGUCAUGAACAUCAUUAAGAAAAACAUCAUCAUGUUUAUGUGUACAUUGUAAUAAAGCACCAG